UACCUCGUGGAGUGCGCACGUCCGCAAGCGUUCAGUUAUUUUUUUUUUGAAUUACAUUCUUACUCGGGUGUUAAUUUAACAUUAUGGCACGUACUAAGCAGACCGCUCGCAAGUCCACCGGUGGCAAGGCCCCACGCAAGCAGUUGGCCACUAAGGCUGCACGCAAGAGUGCGCCGGCCACCGGAGGUGUGAAGAAGCCACAUCGCUACAGGCCCGGAACCGUCGCUCUUCGUGAGAUUCGUCGCUACCAGAAGAGUACCGAACUGCUCAUCCGCAAACUGCCGUUCCAGCGAUUGGUACGUGAGAUCGCACAAGACUUCAAGACCGAUCUCCGUUUCCAGAGCUCGGCUGUGAUGGCCCUCCAGGAGGCUAGCGAGGCGUACCUAGUCGGUCUCUUCGAGGACACCAACCUGUGCGCCAUCCACGCUAAACGUGUGACCAUCAUGCCUAAGGACAUACAGCUCGCUCGCAGAAUUCGCGGCGAACGUGCCUAAGACCCAGGCACUCUCAACAACAUCGAUCCCUGCUCGUCCGAUCUAGCCGAUGGUGUUUGAUAAUAACAUAUUAUUAUUAUUAAACCUACCUACUGGCUAUACGGGUGUAGUAUAAUCGAUAUUAUUGACAUAAAAAAGGCCCUUUUCAGGGCCGCAAA